GUUGGAUACUUUCGAUAUAAGGUAAAGGAAAUAAGGAAGAAGAAAACCAGGAAUUGUUUAAAAUCUUCAUGAGUACCAACGACAACAGCAGCAGCAUGGACAAAUCAACAUUUCACGCAGCUAUGCAUCCAUGGUUUGCUAUGGGUCACCUAACUCCGUUUCUUCAUCUCUCUAACAAAUUAGCAGAGAAAGGUAACAAAGUUUCUUUCUUUUCUCCAAGAAAAACAAUCACCAAAUUGCAACCAUCUAACUUGUAUCCUAAUCUCAUAACCUUCUACCCUCUUGAUGUUCCCCACGUCGAUGGCCUUCCUCAUGGCGCCGAGACCAUGUCUGACGUUCACAUCUCUAUCUCUCACCUCCUAAUCGCAGCUUAUUAUCUUCUGAAAGACCACGUUCAGUCCCUUCUUACUGAUCUCAAGCCUAACGUCGUGUUUUAUGAUUUUGCGGAAUGGAUACCUUCAUUUACAACUCCUCUUGGCAUCAAAUCCAUUCACCAUACCGUUGUUAGCGCAGCUUCAACCGCAUACCUGCUGGUGCCUUCGCGUCAGCUUGACUCAGCCAGCAUUGCGCGUUUGUCUCCCAACGGGGAAGACAAAACUAAUACUGAAAUCAAAUUAAUGGGUCCUCCUCCUGGUUUUCCACUUAAUUCUCCUGUGAUGCUUCAUCGACACGAGGUUAAAACCAUUACAUCGUUCGCCACACGUAAGAACGAAGUCACAGGUUUGUCUUUCUACGAGCAAGUGACGAAUUCACUGAAAGCAUGUGAUUACAUUUCUAUCAGAACGUGUAGAGAGAUCGAGGGUCCUUACUGUGACUACAUUGAGACUCAGUACGGGAAGCCAGUGCUGUUGACAGGUCCUGCACUGCCCGAGAAACUCACCAAACCUCUAGAAGAAAAAUGGGCUAAUUGGCUUGGUAUGUUUAGUCCAGGAUCGGUUCUUUACUGUGCAUUUGGAAGUGAAUGGGUGCUAAGAAAAGACCAGUUCCAAGAAUUGCUUCUUGGUUUUGAACUCACGGAAAUGCCUUUUUUCGUAGCAUUGAAACCACCGGUCGGUUGUACCACGGUAGAAGAGGCAUUACCAGAUGGGUUCGAGGAAAGAGUUCGACAAAGAGGUGUGGUUCAUGGAGGAUGGGUUCAGCAACCACAAAUACUGGCGCAUCCUUCCGUUGGAUGUUUUGUAACACAUUGUGGUUUUGGGUCAAUGUGGGAAGCCCUCAUGAGCCAUUGUCAGAUUGUACUGAUGCCACAUUUAGGAGAUCAGUUUAUGAACACAAGAAUAUUAGCCGGGGAUUUGAAGGUAGCACUGGAAGUGGAAAGGAGAGAAGAAGAUGGUUGGUUUACUAAAGAGACUUUUAGUAGGUUAGUGAAAGGGGUAAUGGAUGAAACAAAUCCAAUCGGGAUCGAGAUUAGAGAAAAUCACAACAAAUUGCGAGAGACGCUGUCAAAUACAGCUCUUGAAAAUUCCUAUACUGAUAAUUACAUCAGUAAGAUACAUGAUUUGGUGAAAUGACGCAAUAUUGGAGCUAUUUUUUUUUCUUUUUUCUCAUUUUGUUGUGUUCUCAUUUUCCCUCUCCUUCCAGUGGUGAUCAUGUAAUAGAAGCAUCAGUCAGCUAAUGUAUGGAGAUAUUGAUGAAGUUACUUUUGUGCGGGAUUCCAUGAACAUCAUGCAAAGGCAGGAAAACAUUGCGGCUGCUAAUUUAGCUUUAUUAUGUAAUAGAUUAACCAGUCAGGAAGUCUUUGAGUGGUUAGAUCGAAACUUGAGCCUGCAGGUCUGGGCUCUCAGGCAGAAACUCUGUUGAUCUGUCCUUACGUUUUUUUUUUCCUAUAUAAAAUAAGACAUAUAAUGUAGAAUAUUGUAUGAUUAUGCCCAUCAUUAUAUGAAAGGUAAAAAA